UAGAAGAUAAAGGAACAGUUCUUAAACUGGAACCUGGAACUCUCUGAACUCUCUCUUCUUCUUCAUCUUUAAGAUUUAACAGUUCACAAAACUCUCUCUCUCUCUCCAUUAAACACUCUUCUAUAAAACUCUUCGGUCUCCUCUCUCUCUAUCGGCAAAUCCACAAAUGAAGCAUAAUUACAAAGAACCCACCAACCCAUUCUCCAACUUUCACCUAUUUAAAUGACGAAACUACCCACCUUCUCCGCCGACGCCGACGCCGUCAUCGUUACUCUCCUCACUGCGAUUAUACUAUCCAUUUCUUCUUUUCCCUCGCUCACCCAUGCACUGGGCUCCGGUUCCACCAUCGCCGUCAGUUACGGCUCCGCCACCGUUUGCGCCGUCGUGGCAAGUGAGCCCACGAAACGUAUCCUCUGUUACAAUAACAGCUCAGUAACGCCCAUCCAAAUCCAACCCAACAUCUCUUACUCUUAUAUCUCCGGCGGCCAAAACUACUUCUGUGCCAUUCGCUCCAAUGGUUACAGUCUCCUCUGUUGGGACACGUCUGGAUUUUCCAGUUUUGUCUCCAAAAGAUUAUAUUACGACGACACCGUUUUGUUAAACAAUCUCGCCGUCGGAGAUAAUCACGUUUGCGCCACCACAACUAACGGCGAAGUUAACUGUUGGAGAGGGUCCGUUAACAACAGCAGCGAUAACUUUCCUUCUCAGCAAGAGAAAUUCGGGUCAAUUACAUCCGGGUUCGGGUUUUCAUGUGGAAUCUUGAUGAAUACAAGUAGAGUUCGUUGCUGGGGAAAUAAUUCAACAGCCAGACAAAUCGAAUAUGAAUUUACUAACAACUCCAUGUUGAGUAUAGUUGCAGGUGCUUCUCACGUGUGCGGGAUUGAUUCGAAUCGUUCUGUAAUUUGUCGAGGAAAUAACGACACGGGACAGUUGAGCAUUCCGUUACAUUCUUCCGGGUAUAGUUCGUUAGCUCUUGGAGAGAAUCACAGUUGCGGGAUUCGAUUGAAUGGAUCGGUUGAUUGUUGGGGCGGAAGAGGGGAGUAUUCAGUAAAUGAAACUGAAGGGAUUUCGUUUGAAUCGAUUGUUUCGGGUUCAAAUUUCACUUGUGGAUUGACAACAGGAAAUUUUUCUGUAAUGUGUUGGGGACCCGGAUGGUCUAAUGGGUCUAGUUCAGGAUUUUUUAUUCCCUUUGGUGCGGAAAUUCUUCCAGGGCCUUGUUUACAAUCAUCUUGCAGUCAGUGUGGGAUCUAUCCGCUAUCUGAUAGAUUGUGUUCGGGUUCUGGUACUAUUUGCAACAGCAAUACUUCUUGUUUUGAGCCAAAUGUGGGUCAACCACCACCGGUGAUUCCUCCUCCGGUGCCAACGCCAUCAUCGCCAGAGUCGCCUAGAACAUCUAAGGAAUUGACAAGGGGUUUAUUGGCGUUUGCCAUUGUGGGAUCAGUAGGUGCUUUUGCCGGUAUUUGUACUAUAAUUUAUUGUUUGUGGACUGGAGUUUGUUUUGGGAACAAGAAAAUUCAUAAUUCUGUUCAGCCAACUAUUACUAGAGCUGGUUCUAAUGGUGGGGCGACGUCGAAUAAUAGUCCUCCUUCGCUGUCGUCCACUAUUAGGCGUCAGGGUUCGAGGGUUUUGACAAUGAGGCGUCAGAGAAGUGGAACUUCAUCGAUGAAACAUGCUGAUAGAGCAGAGGAAUUUUCAUUUGCAGAGCUUGCAGCUGCUACAAAUAAUUUUUCCUUGGAGAACAAGAUUGGUGCUGGUAGUUUUGGUGUUGUGUAUAAAGGGAAACUGACGGAUGGUCGUGAGGUAGCAAUUAAGAGAGGGGAGACGGGUCAAAAGAUGAAGAAAUUUCAAGAGAAAGAGAGUGCGUUUGAAUCAGAAUUGGCGUUCUUGUCAAGGCUUCAUCAUAAGCAUUUGGUGAGGCUAGUCGGAUACUGUGAAGAGAAAGAAGAGAAGCUUUUGGUAUAUGAUUAUAUGAAAAAUGGAGCACUUUAUGAUCAUUUACACGACAAGAACAAUGUUGAGAAGAGUAGUAGUGUGGUAAAUUCAUGGAAAAUGAGGAUCAAAAUCGCAUUAGAUGCUUCUCGAGGAAUCGAGUAUCUUCACAAUUAUGCAGUUCCACCUAUAAUUCAUAGAGAUAUCAAGUCUUCAAACAUUCUAAUAGAUGCUCAUUGGACAGCAAGAGUAUCUGAUUUUGGAUUAUCAAUGAUGGGUCCUGAGUCCGAACGCGAUUUCAGGCCAAUUAAGGCAGCAGGAACAGUAGGAUACAUUGAUCCAGAAUACUAUGGAUUAAAUGUUUUAACAGCAAAGAGUGAUGUUUAUGGACUUGGUGUGGUGUUGCUUGAGCUUUUAACUGGGAAAAGAGCAAUAUUCAAGACCGAUGAAAAUGGAGGGGCUCCUGUAAGUAUAGUUGAUUUCGCAGUGCCGGUAAUUUUGGCAGGAGAAUUGCUUAGAAUAUUGGACAAAAGGGUUGGUCCGCCGGAGCUCAAUGAAGCAGAAGCAGUAGAGCUUGUGGCAUACACUGCAAUGCAUUGUGUGAAUUUGGAAGGAAAAGAAAGGCCUACAAUUGCUGAUAUUGUUGCUAAUUUGGAGAGGGCAUUGGCUCUUUGUGAAGGCAGCCAUGGAAGCAUCUCUAGUGGUACAAUCUCCAUUGUUUCUGAUUGAAAUUCAUUACAAAACCAGAUUUUUUAUUGAGUUUAAUUUACAUUUCAAAAAUUUUGGAUAAAAUUUGUUUUGGGGUUUAGAGUUUUGGAGUGUAAAAACCAAUUAGUUAGGAAGUUUCAUCCUCUAACAUCGAUCAGCUUGUAGUUGUUUUAGGCUUUUAUGAACACUAACAACAAGGAUAAUGAUUCCAUUUUUCUUCUUUCUUUCUUCUUUAUUAUUCCCUCCAUUAUUUUCAUGUAUGCAUUCAUCAAUUUUUCUUCCAAAUGUUAACCAAAAUAUUUGGACAAUUGGAUGUAGUUUUAUCUAAAAUGUCGUGUAUAUUCAUAUAUACUGUAUAAAUAUACGUAUUUGGAU